UUCCAGUGAAUCGGUCCGCGAAUGAUCCUCCGUGUUCAUCGACGCGAGUGCACCGUCUUGCGUCCACCAAAGUCGACGAGCGUCGAUUUUUUGGAAGCAUCAAUCAUCUCGAACAAUUGGAGUGGAUCGAUCGAGGUGAAAGGAAAAAGGGAAAAAGAAGAAAGGAGUCGAGUUUCGUUCCUUCGCCAUACCAUUUUCGCUGGUAAUUGAUGCUUCGAAUAUUGGAAAUAUUUUUAUUCUGAUUCCGAGAAUAAGGUGUCGGGGGAAAGGAGGAUGAAUAGAACGGUGCAUUACGCGUUGGUGGCGUUUUGGGAGAAAUCGGGGUGCAAGAUCGUGGCCGAUUACCCGGCGAAACAGGAUCCAGCUUACAGGGAGAUCGCUUUGAGCACGGUCGAUGGACUAAAGUCGGUGGAGAACGACAAGAUCAGCUUCGAUCGGGGCAAGUACACGGUACACGUGCUCAUCGGUGAACUUCACUACGCUUGCCUGACCCUGAAACCGGAUUGCCCUUCGUCAGCAGCCAAGCUGGAAUGCUGUUCCCAAGUAUUUCUGGAGAGGUUGAGAAGCAUUUACAAGGAGCUUCCUAUCCUGGCCGAUCUGACGAGAGAUCUAACCAGUUUGACUAUCAUCGAUCUCUCGAAACCUCUGAAAAAGAUAGUGGAUGAAUACAAUCAACAUAAUACCGACGUGAUACCAAGAUUGGAAGGAGAACUGGCGGAAAUUCGUGAAACAUUGAUGGACGGGGUUCAGAAAUUGAUCGAUAGAGGCGAGAGGCUCGACGAACUCGUUCGAAAGACUCAGAGCUUGCAAAUUAUGGCCUGGAUCCGCGGUAUUCUCACUAGAAAUCAUCUUCGAUUGCUGCACGAGAGCGCUAUCAUCAUUCAACGUCAUUGGCGGGGCUAUUGUGCCAGGAUCAUUUUCGAGCAAUACAUGAUUCAAAGUGUUCAUCAAAUGUGGCAGGAAUAUUACAACAAGAUGGCGAUCAAGAUUCAAGCGUUUUGGCGCGGUUAUUGGCUGAGGAAAACUGUGCUCAACAUUAAAAAGAUGCAUCGUUGGUUGAACGAAGUAUACGAAAAGAACGAGGAAACUGUGAACAACAUGAAGAGAUUCAGAAACAAGGAGAUCGAAAACGUUCAAAAAAUAAUGGAAGAAGAGUCGAUGCAAUGGAUACUUUUCAUUCUGUUCAAGGUAAGUUUGAAACGAUUAAAAUUACUUGAUUGUAAAUCAAAUUUCGUUGUCCCGUUCCGUUUCGUGUUACAGCUUCACCAUUUGUUGAGAACUGCGUGCCGGCCAGGCGUGCUCACGAAAAUUGACAAUACCAAGUUCACUUUUAUCGAGGCGAUGCUGAAAUGUUUGCAGUAUAAACAUUAUGUACGAAAUAAAAAAUUGAGAUCAAAGGAGAAGUGUCAGAAAUGUCAGAUCGAUGAGAAACCAUCGUUUAUUCUACGAGGCACCUAUUACGAGAAAUGCGAGAAGGAGAUUCGUGAAAUCCAAAAAAGGCUGGAGGCGGAAGCGAUGCCACUAUACAGAAGUAAUAAAUUGAAAGGAAAUAUUAAAUUUAAGUUCGAUAUUCCAUUGGCCGUGUGGUAAAUUUAGGCGAGCCUUACGAUGAAUAUGAGAAGAGUAUGCGAAAACUGAACCAUAUGCGCAUACUAACUGCUUUGGAGGAAACGUACGACUGUAAAUCGAACGUAAAAAAGAAGGAAGAACAGAAGAAAGCGUGUUCCUUAAGAAAAGAAUUCGAGCAGGAGGCUUGUUACGUCAAGGAAGACUUGCUUCUUGAGGAAAUCGAGAAAAUGGAUUGUCACCUGAACCGGUUACACCUGAAAUGCCCCGUUCACGAUGCUUCAUAAUUGUGUUUUCUUAAAUACUUCCACCGAUCAAUCAAUAUGAUAUAUUCGAUGGAAUAUGACAAACCUCGAAGAACAAAUGGAACUAAAAUUAAAAAUCAAGCGUUCGAUGCUUUUACGAUCCAGGUUUACGCUUAAUCGUUAUUUAUUCACGAUCUUGAAUUAUUUUCAAUGUUGUUAGCUAAUUUUUUUCAGAUGACACAUUGAUACUAUGAUUAUCGUUCGUGUCACCAAUGGAUCGCUCGAUGCUGAAGAAUUAAAAAA